AUGAACCUCCAUCACCUGCUGCUGCUGCUGAUCUCCGGUCUCUGGAGUCCAUCCUCGGCUCGGCUCAGGUACUAUUACUUAGUGACUGAGCCGAAGACGUGGGUUCAGGCUCAGAGUUACUGCAGACAGAAGUACACCGACCUGGCCACUGUGGACAACAUGGCAGAGAUGGAGGAGCUGAAAGGGUUCAUUCCUCCUGGGUUCAGCGAUAGUAUUUGGAUUGGGCUGAAGAGAGGCCCAAUGAGACUCUGGGGCUGGUCUUCAGGAGAGGUCCUCCAGUACACUAACUGGAACCCUGGAGAACCCAACGGAGUAGUCACCGACAGAUGCUGUCUCAAAGCGGGGGGAUGCCUAAAAUGUAGACAUACUCAAAAUCUGUGUUUGUGUCUAGAGCCAUUAGGGAAAUUUGUGCUGGUUAAGAUAGCCAGCAAUUGGAGAGAUGCGGAGACCUACUGUUGGCAGUACUACACCAACCUGGCCACCAUUCACAGCGACCAGGAGCAACAGGACGUUUGGGAUCUUCUCACCGACUCAGAUAUAGUGUGGAUUGGUCUCGGAUUUGACAACUGGCUGUGGUCUGACGGGAGUAAGACCACGUUCCGCUACUGGCAUCCCGGACAACCGUAUAGUGCCACGGACGACGGAAACUGUGCUAUGGUUUCAACCUCCUGGGGCGGAGACUGGGAUGACACUGCAUGCAAUGGAGUUAUGUCUUUCAUGUGUUAUAAAGCUCCAAUAAAAAGAGGCAUAAUAAGACUGAAAGUAACGUCUGGUGGAGAGAUGGAUCCGAAUGACCCUGUCGUGAUGACGAACAUUCUGACACAGAUUCAGCAAACCCUGAGGAAACAGGGCGUGGGCUCUGACACCACCCUGACCUGGCAAAUGAGAAAAGGAAAGGUUUUCAGUUUAGAAAAGACGAAAGAGGAACAGCAGAAGUGUUCCAGCCUGAAUUCAGCUAUCAGUCAAACAUAACUCACAUGGACUAAAUACUGCUGUCUGUCAAAUGUAUUAACCCUUUAGAAUUUAAUUUUUUUCUGCAUGAACCCAGUUAAACAAAUAAGACUAAAAUAUUAUACUUGGUCAUUUAUUUAUUGAGGAAAAUUAUCCAAUACUACAUAAGUUUAGAAUUUAGACUCCACCAAUCCACAGGAUUUUCCAUGGAGGAAAUUCAAGACCAUCGUUACCCUCCCCAGAAGUGGUCGACAAGGUCUCAAAGGACCCCGGGGUAACUUCUAAGCAACUGAAGGGUCUUUCUUCAGCAAUGGUGUGCGUGUCAGGGUUACAAGGAGCAAGCCACUUUCUUUUGCUCUCCACAAAAAUGUUACAUUUGAAAAAAGGAAAAUUAAAACUCUGCAUUCCAGCAUAAGAACCUUCUCCCAUCUGUGAAACAUGGUGGUGGUAGCAUCUGUCCAGGACGGCUUGCCUUCAUUGAUGAUGAAGAGAAAUAAAUGAAAAUGUGCAUAAUGUGUCUGCCUAAUACAUAUAAACAGCAUCUGAGACUCACAUUUCUUAUAUUGAUUAAAGUUAACGCUAACUACU